AUGUCUCGAAGAGAGAGAGAGAGAAGUAAAACAUGUGGGCCACCAUCUACCCUAAAAAGGCUUUCUGCCUUCUAUCUCUCUGCCUCCCACACACUCAAUUCUUCUCUACAUUCUUCAAAUCCGGCGACCCAUCACAAGAAAAUUGCCGAUGACCACUCUAUUCCAGCGACCCCAGGAAGAUCAAUGUUAUGGGUACUGAGGUGGCUUGAAAUCUACAACCCAUCAUCGACGAGGAUCACUCUAUUUCUGGUAUCGUAA